GAGGGGACGCACCAGCGCGCAGAUCCACAUCCACGCACACUCACACGCGGGCGCAGCCACAGCCACAUCCUCCCCGGGGUUUGGACCCUCUCCGCCUCAACAGCUUCGCCAUGUCCUCUGCUGUCACCGAGACGGAGGAGUCGGCGCGCAGCUCCCCGCUCACACCGCUCAAACUGGUCGGGCUGGUCUGCGUGUUCCUGGCGCUCUGUCUGGACGUGGGAGCCGUGAUGAGCCCGGCGUGGGUGACCGCCGACGACCAGUACUACCUGUCCCUGUGGGAGUCCUGCUGGAAACCGGCAAGCACCGAGAACUGGCAGUGCAGCAGCACCCUGGGCUCAGGUCACCAUCAAGGUCUUGUGCAUUUCAUUUUUAGCUCCGACUGGCAGGUUGCUACACUGGCCCUGUUGCUAGGGGGUGGAGCCCUGGUGCUGAUGUCAUUCCUGGUCGCUCUGGUUGCCGUGUGCAUUGGUACAAGACGGCGAUUUUACGCACCCGUCGCUUUCAUGCUCUUCGCUGCAGUUGUCCUCCAGGCCUGCAGCUUGGUCCUCUACCCCAUCAAGUUCAUCGAGAGCAUCAACUUGAGAAUCUACCACGAGUUCAACUGGGGCUACGGCCUGGCCUGGGGCGGGACCAUCUUCUCCUUCGGCGGGGGAAUCCUGUACUGCCUCAAUCCCAAGAACUACGAGGAGUACUAUUAGAAAGCCCCUGACCCUAUCUCCAUCUGUACAUCAUCAUCAUCAUCAUCAUCAUCAUCACCAUCAUCAUCACCACUAUCAUCAUCAGUGGCAUUUAGAGUUGUGGCACUUUGCUUUCCAAACGUCCCCUGGAUUUCCUUAACUUUCUCAAGGACGGAGAAGAGGAUCAGAUGCCACAGUUACGCUUCAUAAGACAGAUAGAUUACUCUUGUGUGUGUGUGGGGGGUAAGAGAGGGGAAUAAAACGAAGACACCCGAUCAAUAUUCUGUUAUCGAACCACUUGUCUGUUAGUGUGGCAACCCACAGGGUGUGCACACUCGGCUGUCACGAUUGAUUAGCCAUGGUCGGAGGUGUGAGACGGGGCUGCACUCAUCAGCCUCCUGGGGUCUGCUAAAUUUCAGUUCCCUGUUGAGGGAAGUUUUUAUGCAUCGUGACAUUCGGAGCAUCCUUCCUCCUCUGGUUCAGCACGAUGGAGGUGUCCUCUCUGUGGCCAUGUUUACAUGCACAACAGUGGCGGAAGAAAGUUCAGAUUUAUGGAUCUUAAGUGCCCGUCGCAGGUGCCUCCGCUCUCCUCACCCCUGCCUCUCCAUGCGUCCAGACAGAGCGAGUGUUUGGUUUGUCUGUUCUGGGUCACUGCAGAAACGUGGCGGAGAAAAACGAUGGACUCUCUACGUAGAUAUAAAGGACUCGUUCUGAGGUACAGACACAUAAUGAUUCUCAACUUCAGGUAUGAAAACACAUGAAACUAUGAAUAGCCCUAAACUGAUUCAUCACUAGUCAUUUAAGUGUUGAAGUAAUUUUAUCAUCUUAAAAUAAAGUUCAUUCAUAAUAAUGGCAAUGCCUCCCUCCCAGAAUGAGCAAUCGGUGCAUUACUCUAUGCAUGUAAACACAGCCACUGAAGCUGACUAUUUAUAAACCAGAGCAGUGUAUCUAGGCCACGUUUCAUUAACAGUAAAUUGCUGUCUCCUUGUCUGCAGUAAAUGUCAGGGAUCAGUGGAAGAAACGCCUGGCAAGCAUCUGUUGGCACGGAGAAAGCAAAUGUCAAAUGUCGCCACGAAUGGCUGCUUGUACAGAUAUCGACAAUAAGUAUUUGUUUGUGUUUUACAACAAAGCGUCACCUGCUUUCAGAAAAGAUCAUCCGACAAAAGCCGCCUAAAUGAACAUAAACAGCGUUUAUCUCGUUUCCACUGCCCUCAGGGUUUGGCUCUAAUCAGCUGUUGUUUGGGUGGUCGCCAAGGAUCCAGCAUAAUUCCUGGACGGAGCAAAUAUUGUAACUUCUGAGCCGAUUUUCAACUUGAGAUUGGGAGAUAAAGGAGGCGCAUGCUGCUAUUUUUAUCUGUCAUUCUACAAAAACAUUGUGUCUCAGCUCCCCAGUGUGCUGAAUUACUUUCCCUCACCCUGGACCUCCAUCCUCCAUUCAAAACACAGUCUGUAAUUUCAAAAGUGCACCAGGGAGACAAAAUGUAAAAUAGGAAUUCUCUGACUGACAUUUUGGAAUCUUUAACUGUUCUCUGCGUUGUCUCACAUUUGCUGUGGCUCUGACAAGCAACCCUCACCCAAAAAUAGGAUCUAGGCUUCGUCCCUUGCCACGUUAACAAAUGUAGACCUGUGCAGCCACCAUACGACUGGUGCAGCAGGCAGAGGUCCAUUUAUUUUAUAGGAACUGACACGACACAGACAAAUCAUUUCGUCACAAUGAAUUUAUUACACUAAUAACUGAGUGCAGGUUAAAUAAUGACAACCUCCAGUAAAGUAAUGUAACCUGUGAGGAAUGAGAGGUAACAGUGCAAUUCAAUUUGAAUUGUUUGUUUUGUCAAAUUGAAUGUAUGAAACAAAAUCACUGGAGGAGAUUAUUUAAUAUUCUUUUAAAUAAUAAUGAUAAUAAGCUCCUGCCAUCUGUGACCCAACCUGCACCUUCUCUCAAAAUCCCUUUCUCCUCCCAUCUUCAGAUUAAAUCAGAAUGCUUCAGGAGGUGACUGGGAGAGAAUGAGCUGGUAUAUUGUACCGAUCUCAACCUGUGAAGCCUGUACUCCGUCUCUGCACGAGCUGCGGACACCUCCCCUCUAAUAUCCACACAACUGCUGAAGGUGAGGGGUCUCACUUGUGGAGUUUGUGACACAAUCUCGGUCAAUCUGAGAAGCUGUGUCAGUGUCAGGACUGAGUCUGUCAGAUGCUUUAGCUCAUGUCAAGUGUUUCACAGAAGAAGUUCUGCUGGCUGUCAUCUCUCCUCCUUUAGAUCCUUCUUCUCUUCUUUGCCUCCCAAUGAACAUUGAUCUCUGAUGCAACCGAUUUGAGAGCUUUGAUGUGCCGUCACACUGAAGUUCUGAAGCUGUGCAGAUGUCUAUACCCCAAAAUCAGAUCACUCACAAUCACAGCUCCAUGUUUAAAACUUCCAUUAGUUUUUCUCGAAACAUGAAUUGGUUAUUUCCUCUCCCGUGAACUCACCUAGUAUUUUCAUUUCUACCCACGAACAAAAUAUUUACGCUGCAAUUUACAAGCUGUGAAGCUAGAGUGAAGCCACUUAAUCUCACUUUACAAGCUCGUUCAGGCAGCCAUAAACCUCAUGAUGUAAAUCCACUGUGUACUUUCUCACUGCUGAUGGAUGUCAGAUGAAAACAGGCAACAAGGGCACCAGAAUCCUUCAAUGUCCCUUUUUCUAGUUUUACUCACAGCGACUGAAGUCACUGUGCACCGGGCAGUUUGUUCAGCGCUGAGUGAAAACAGAAAGAGUGCUCACUUUUACAGCCAUGAUUCCAUUAUUCAUACCAGCUAUAUGGGUCAGCGGGUGCUUUUCAGCACGCUAAGUUUGAAAGAUGUCACAGCGUCACUGCUGUUUUCUGGUGGGAGGGGGCUCCAGUUAAUCAGAAUUUGCCUUUGUUUGGUCACUAGAUGUUUUUGUCAGCGCUCCAUGUCACAUGACUCGGUGUGUUGUCGCUUCUGGGGGGAAACAGAAAUCCUGAAAUGACGGACAAGUGCUGUAAUAGGGAUCAUCACCACCAGUAUGAUGUUCAGUAUGACCGCUACUGUAUUUAAUACUUUAUGAUCCCAGCUUCGUGAGAGUGUUUUUGUUACCUAGAAACGUCUCUGUGCUUUGGUGGUAUAGAGGGGCCUUAGGCACUAACACUGUAACAGACCUGGGUUCAAAUAUACAGGAAGCUUUCAAAUAUCCUCAGAAACUGGAAGAACUAAAAGAGCAAUUCGAUCAAAUCUUCCUGUUUGGCAGUUGUAGUCUGGUGUUGAGGUAUUUUUAGAUACAAACAUUCUUAAAAUGAGAUAAAUCCUCUGCCAGAUGUUUUCAGAUCUAAGACUUCCUGCUUUAUUGUGUAGUAGUUUAACGUCGUGCAGCUGUUUCAUUCACACAUCUUUAAUCCCAGAGGUGGCACUACAGCAUUGUCAGAUUGCAGAGCAGAAAACAAAGGUACAGUAACGUGGAGCAGAUGCAGUCGCUGCAUGUCCUGAUUCUUAAUUGGCAGCAGGAAUCAGUGUCACAUCAGUGGCAGUGAUGAGCCUCUGAUUAUAAAUGACAAUGUAAAUGUGCCUGUGCUAGUUUCCAAACUGACCUACAUGCUUUGAUUUUUAAUGAAGCACUUCAGCGUGUUUGUGUUAAAAUAAGAUUAUUUGCGUUCGCCCUAUCGGUGUGAUUUCACUGGGGUCAUUUACAAAUUUGACGACGUGAACAUCACCGUUAUUCUUGGCCCCAUAGGGUGUCUGUCCCCUGCUGCUUCUUUGUAUGUUUCAUCCCAGGUCUGACUCCUAGUUAUUAGCAUUUGUUUGGUUACUAAUUCACUGAUGAAAAGUAGAGACUCGCUAACAGAGACAGCUCUGUUUAAUGCAUCAUCUCCCAGUAGACUGCAGAGAAACGCUGUCUAAUGAUGAGCAUAGGGAUUUAGGGUGUGUGUGUGUGUGUGUGUGUGUGUGU